CUAACGGAAUGCACUACUACGGGGUUCCCCGGCCGAUCACUCUCUCGUAAUCCAGCGACAUUCACCGGGACCAAUACAACGGUGCAGUUUAAUUCAUUCAUAAAGGGACUGCCACGGUUGACUCAUUCCUGUUUACGCAGAGCGUACGAAAAUAUGACUUGGACGAAUUAAUUUCAAUCUGGCAUAUCAAAGGACAUGUUGUGAAGCUGGGAGAGAUAGGCCGCGGGCUGGGGAGUAUCUACAGCCAAGUUUAGCCACGUGACUCCUGAAGCCAAUCCUGGAACGCUUGAUAAAUUACUCCAGCAGUCCUGACAUAAUAUAUAGAAGAGCUGCAGGUAGAAUCUGGUAUCAUUUGAAACUGUGUCUGGAAAGUUAAGGAGUCAGCGCUAGCUGGGAGGCUUAUUACUGUGUUAGGAAAUAGUUCAUCGACAUGUCUCAGACGAGGGAAACGGUCACUGAGAAGAGGACAGUCAUCAAGUCCUCUUCGGGGUCCUCUGGUGGUUUUGAUAAUAAACCUUCAAUGGAUCACAUGGACGUCAACUUUAGGUCCAGCAUCACCCCGCGCCGGAGCAACGUCAUCCAGCGUAGCUCCACCGGUCCAGGGUUCCGCCAGAGUAUGGGGGGUAGUAGCAGUGGGGGAACCUCGUAUGUCAGGACGGUGGAAUACGGCUAUGGGUCCAAAAUGGACUCUGGUUUGGGACCAGGGGGAUACGAGAAGGUGUCCUCAACCGGAGUGUCCACGGUGAAAAAUAGCCGAGAAAGGGAAAAGAAAGACAUGCAGGAACUGAACGAGAGAUUCGCAAACUACAUUGAGAAGGUCCGGUUCUUGGAGGCCCAGAACCGUAAGUUAGCAUCGGAACUGGAAACCCUGAGGGAUAAAUGGGGCCAGGAAACUAGUGCUGUGAAACAAAUGUAUGAGUCGGAAUUAGCAGAGGCCCGGAAACUGAUAGACGACCUGACCCGGGAAAAGACAAACCUGGAAAUCAAGAACCAGAGUCUGCAAGAGCAGAUGCAGGACAUGCAAAGACAACUGGAUGAUGCCAAGAAAUACCGCAACCAAGACAGAGAUACCAUUGCCAGGCUGAACCAGCAGGUAUCUGACCUCGAGGCGGAAGUGAACCUUCUCCGCCGAACCGUGGACUCCUUGGAGACGGACAGAAGCCGUGACCGUGAAAGGAUCAAGAACUUGGAGGCCGAGGUCGAUAGACUCAGACUGGACUUGAACAACGAAACCCUUGCCCACCUCGACGCCGAAAACAGAAGACAGACCCUGGAGGAGGAGAUUGAAUUCCUGAAGAAGGUCCAUGAACAGGAACUGAAGGAGUUAGCUGCCCUUGCCUACCGGGACACCACCGAAGAGAAUCGGGAAUUCUGGAAGUCGGAACUUUCUCAAGCCAUCCGUGACAUCCAGAAGGAGUAUGACAACAAGGUGGACCAGAUCCGAGGGGACAUGGAGGGCUUCUACAACCUCAAGAUCCAAGAAUUCCGUACUGGGGCUACCAAACAGAACAUGGAAGUUACCCACAUAAAGGAGGAGAACAAGAAACUGAUGAAACAGAUCUCCGACCAAAAGGGAAGACUUGCCGAUUUAGAAGCUAGAAACGCCUUAUUAGAGAAACAAUAUCAAGAUCUCCUCCGUGAAUAUGAAACAAUUGAAUCCGAGCACACGGUUGAGACAACAAGACUUAAGGAAGAGAUCACCAGCCUAAGAGCCGAGAUGGAAGGCAUUCUACAAGAACUGCAGACCAUCAUGGACCACAAAUUAUCCCUGGAACUCGAGAUUGCCGCUUACAGAAAACUACUGGAAUCCGAAGAAAGCCGAUAUGUUCGUGGCAUAGUUGCAAGCGUAGCUGCUCUACGCCAUCCAUCAUGGCGAACCCAAAGAAUGCAACCAAACAAUUUCACUGAACCAGACGAGGAGCCCCAGGAUUUCCCUGAACCUAAACCUGUCCCUGAACCCAAAAUGGAUAUGGAUGACGACAGAGCGGAACGAGACAUAACCCCUGAUGAAGACAACAAACCACUAGAGGAGGAAACCCCUGCAGUGGAAAUCCCGCUGAAUGAAGAGUCCGAACAACCACAAACAACUGAAAAGGUGGUGGAAAAUACAGCCGACGAUGGAAAUCCGGAAGAUGACAACGCCCAGAAAGAAGAACCGGUGGAAGGUGGAGACGAUGCAGACACAGCUGGUGAAAAUGAGGUGGAACAAGAAGGAGCUACAGAGAUUACAGAGGCACAAAAAGAAGAAAGCAAAGAAGCAGAUAUUCAAAGUGAGGACAAAGACGAAACCAAAGAAACGGGUGAUAAACAGAAAGACACAGAUGAGAAAAAAGAAGCUGACCAGAAAGAAGACAACGUGGAUGAUAAGGACGCCGAAGGAAAUGAUGAGAAAGAAACUCCAGAGAGAGAGGUUGAGGACUCUGGUGUCGCUAAUGAUAAAGAGGGAAAUGAUAACCAGGAUGAUGGAGAAAAGGGUGAAGAGAAACCUGUAGAAGACUCAGGUGAGAAAGACAUUCAGAAUGAUAAAACUGACACUGAAGAGAUUGAUAGUAAAGUAAGAGAUGAGGAAGCAGAGGGCACACAAAAAGAAUCUAAAGACCAAAGCCAGGACCAGGACGACGAGGUUAAAGAAGAUGUAAAAGAAGAUAAGACUAAUGAUGAUGCUGAUGUUAAAACUGACGAUAACUUAGACGAUAAGACUGAUGAUAAGGUUGAAGACAAGACAGAUGAUGAAAAGAAAGAUUCACAAGACAUUGAGCAAGAGAAAGAAACCCCUACAGUGAAUGGGGAUGCAAAAGAACCUGGGGAUGACGACGAAGAAUCGCACCAAACCAUGAAGAUGAUGAGAGGGGAGGUCUCAGCUAAGACAACCUUCCAGAGAACAGCUAACGGACCACUGACCAUCUCUGAAGUCUGUCCAGAGGGAAAAUACAUCAGCAUAGAGAACACCACCAGUGGAGCCAACCGUAGGGAAGUUAACAUGGAUGGAUGGAAGCUGAAGAGAACGGUUGAUGGCAAGAGAGAUUACAUCUACAUGUUUAGAAACUUUACUCUUAAACCCGGCAAAGUUGUCAAGAUCUACUCCCGUGGCUCGGCUGCUGACGCCAGUGUUAACGACUUGGUAUACAGGGACGAUGACUCAUGGGGCGUAGGAUCCCAGGUCACCACUGUCCUUCUGAACGAGAGCGGCGAGGAGAAGGCAACACACACACAGAAGACACUUUACAACUAAAUGAAUUACAGAACGUUAGAGAACUACUGCAAUGCUGCAACAGGCUUACUGCUUUGUGAAUUAAGAAUGUGGACAAUGUUUUUUUAAUCUUCCAUACUACAUGUACUUAAUUAUAUGAUAAUAUGUCGACGCUUUUUGUGUUUUUAUAUCAGUGGUUGUGAUUGUAGUGUAUUUUUAGUUUGUCUUCCAUGGACAAAAAACCUCAUUGUAUAUGCCAGCCCUUUUAAAGAUAAUUUUCUAUAGUUUUUUUUGAGACCAGUGACUGCCAUGUUUAUUUAUGAUGUUAAAUUAUUACUCAAACUUUAUGUUUACUUUUUGUACGCUGACUGUGUCUUUCCAAUGUAUUGGUUUCCUAGCGUUUUGUAAUUAGCUAACGCUUCUCCUCUUUCGAACUUUGGAGGGACAUGCGCAGUUAAAGACUUGCAUGACCUUCUCCGCUACUGUUUAUAUUAAACAUGAUCUUUGUCAUUUCUUUGUGCCACUGCUUGUGAGAUAAAUGUAAAAUGAUAGAACACGAAUAUACUUAGGUCUUGCUGCCUGUUACUUGCCGACAUCUUUAGUAAUAAAUUUCUAAGACAAAUGAA